CGGCAACGCCAGCUGAACGCGGCAUUCGUUGCGGCUCGUUAGUAUUUCCUCGUUACGAUUUCCUGCGGGAUCUUUCGAUAUAUCACGCGAUUUAAUCCGGACGCGGAUGGCAGAGCGGAUGCGGUGAUCGUCGCGACGCCUCGCGCGGAGAUUUAAUUGAAAAUGUAUAAUGGAAUUGGUCUUCAAACCCCUCGAGGCUCCGGCACAAAUGGCCAUGUGCAGCGAAACUGGGCUGUUGUGCGGAAGAAUAAGGACAAAGUCAGCUACAAGGGCGAUGAGGGAAAGUUGGAUCAAUUGAACAAGCAACCGAACAAAGAAAUUUUAGACCAUGUUAGGAAACGCAAAAUCGAGGUCAAGUGCGCCGAACUGGCAGACAUACUGGAAGAACAAGGAUCCACUCCAGAGGAGGUUAAGAAGAAAGUCGAGUCCUACCGAUCCAUGUUACUGGGCACCGAUGCCAAGCCGCCAACUCCUCGCGACGAAUUUGGCCGAGUCAACGUUCGCGAGACCCAUCAGAUCGCCGAAGCGCAGCAGGAGAAGAACGCCAAGCUGAGGGAGGCCUUCGGCAUCUCGGAGUACUUCGUGGAGGGCAGCAGUUUAGACCCGGAGAGGCACGCCCGCGAGGCCGAGGCCAGGGCGGCCGCGAAGAAGGUCUACGAGCUCGUAAGGACGCCCAGCCCGGCGGCGGAGACGCCCGAGGUGCCGCCUGCCCCUGCUGAGAGGAAGACCAAGAGGAAGCGGUCGGGCAGCCGUUCCAAGAAGAAGAAAGCCAAGAAGCACAAGCGCGAGAGGUCCGAGUCGCCCAAGUCCACGAAGAAGAAGGACAAGUCGAAGAAGAAGAAGAAGGAGAAGAGGCACAAGAAGGCCGAAGUGACCUCCUCGGAAAGUGGCUCCUCCAGCGAAGAGUCCGACGACAGCAGCUCCUCCGAGAACGAGUCCAAGAAAAAGAAGAAGAAACGGAAGAAGAAAGCCAAAGCCGAGACUAAAGACAAGCACGAGAAGAAGAAGCCGCCUGCCAAAAGGAAGCACCAGUCGACCGACAGCUCCUCCGAUAGCUCGCCGGAGAGGCCGAAAAAGUCGAGCAAACACGAGAAGGCUGUGGAGAGUACCGGGGCCGCGGCGGGCGAGGAGGCGGCGAGCUCGAGGAAGCGCACCGAAUACCUGCGGAAGGAGUUGGAGCAGCUGGAGAAGCGCAUAAAGGAGCGCGAACAGAGGGAGGCGGAGUCGCAGAGUCAGUCGAAGAAGGAGAAGCCGGAUAACGAGAGAACGAAAAGGAGAUCGCGCUCGACCACGCCGAAGCAGCGAGCCUCGAGGAACCGGUCGCCGAAGAGGACCGACCGGAGCAAGCACCACGAGUCGCCGGUCGCUAAGCGCAAAGACUCCCCGAUAGGAAAGCGUAAGGAGUCAUCUCCGAGGAGGCCGCAGCCAGAGAAGAGCGAUAACGCCUCCAGGUCGCCGAUAGCGCAAAAAUCGGCGACGCCUCGGCGAACGACGACUCCACCUAGAGGGAAGCCCGAGAGGCGGUCGCCGAGGAGGUACUCCAGGCAACGACGCGCCUCGCCCUCCCCCAGGAGACAUCGACGUCUGUCGAGGACGCCUCGGAGGCAAACCAGGUACUCGAACUCCAGGAGCAGGAGUCGGUCCAGGUACGAGCGGUACGGUUCUCGACGCAGGGCCUCGCCAGGGAGGAGAAGGAGGUCGGCGUCCAGGCGGAGGUCCAGGUCGCCCAGGAGGCACAGGGACCGGAGGGACAGGUCCAGGGAGAGGAGGUCCAAGAGUCGAUCCAGACGAUCCAGCUUGAGCUACUCUCCGGUGUGGAAGAACCCGGAACGGUACCGGGACAUCCUGGAGGACAAGAGGAAGGACCAGAGGAAGAGAACCGAGGACGGCGAGAAGAAGCGGAAGUCGAGAUCGGCCUCGAAGAACGGGAAGACGCAGCAAGUGGUCGCGCCCAGGGUGAGCCUGCGUUCCUCGAGCGAGGAGGAGGCCGACGUGCCCGAGGAGGAGCCCAAGCCGGAGGACGAGGAGCGUCUUCGAGAGAUCAACACCCUGAAGAGGCUGCAGAGUGGUCUGGCCGCGAAGGCCAGGGAGAGCCUGGGGAAGAAGGUGAUCAGCCCGGUGAAGCUAAAGACGGGAAAGAAGGAAGAGAGCGUCCUGGACAUUGCUCUUCCCCACGAGCCGCCGAAGGUGGUGCAUCGAAUCUCGGUUCCGGCCAAGGAGGGUCUCGUCAAGCCUGUCGAGAGUCUACCCGGGAUACGAUCUCCUGUGUCCAGCAGAUCGCCCUCGCCGGCUUUGCCUUUGACCAGGGAGGAGGCCAUGAUCAAGCUGCGCUCCCCCAGUGAGUCGCCUCCUCCUCUGCCGGCUCCGCCAAUCUUGAAGACGAACAACAAGGCCGACUCCCCGGUCGCCAAGAAGAACUCCCUGUCGCCGCUCGCCUCGAAACUGGGGAUCGAGGCGAAACCUACGAGUGGAGUCGUCCUGGAGGUGAAUAGCAAAAACGACGGGGCGAGAGGCAAGCGAGAGGCAAGGUCGAGCUCGGCCUCGAAGUCUCCCCAGGGACCCGCUCGGAAGUCAGCGUCGAAGUCCCCAAAAGAGACCAACGUGCUGAAGGAGAAGCUUUCCGCGCUCGAGCCGAAGGCCUUCAAACGGGAGUCCAGGUCCAGGUCGUCUUCGAGAGCCUCGGAAAAAUCCAAGGACAUUUCCCCGAAGAACAUGUCCAUCUCCCGCUCGACCUCCAGGUCCCCCUCGCAUUCGACCACGAAGAAGAAGUCCCCGUCGAGGUCGGCGUCCAGGUCUCCUCUCGGGUUCGGAAAACACUCGCCCAGGAAGAAGUCAUACUCGAGAUCCAAGUCGAGGUCGAGGUCGUAUUCCGGGUCCCGAUCGCCGGAUAAGAGGACGGAGAGGUCUGGCUCCCUAAAGAGGCGCACGUCGAGAUCAAGGUCGAGAGACAAGGAUUCCAGAUCGAGGUCCAGGGAGAAGAAGUCCUCCCCCUCUCCGAGGAAGUCUCCGGUUAGGUCGAAGACGUCGCCCAAGUCGCCGCCUAGAAGCAAAAGGUCCAGGUCGAGGUCCAGGUCGAGGUCAAAGCAUUCUUUCUCGAGGUCGGUCUCUCGUUCCAAAAAGUCUCCCUCGGGCUCGCCGAAGAAGUCGAGGUCUAGGAGCAGGAGCCGGUCGCUCUCCAAGAGGUCCAGAAGCAGGUCGCUUUCGAAGAAGUCGGGCAGUCGGUCCAGAUCCGCCUCCAGGACGUCCAGGAAUAAGACUAAAAGGAGCCACAGCAGAAGUAGCUCUAGGUCCUCGACUAGCUCGGUCAGACGCAGCCACAGAAGUUACUCCAGCUCUUCGCGCUCUUCAAGCAGCGUUUCCAGUCGUUCCUCCAGGUCGACGUCGAGCAGUUCGGCCUCCAGCAGAUCAAGAUCACCCUCUAUACCUCGUCGCCACGGCUCGCCCAGUUUCCUCGACCGACGUCGCAUUACCAGUGCUAGAAAACGACCGAUUCCUUAUCAUCGGCCCACACCAUCUCCACCAUCAUCGCCAAGCAGUUCGGAAAGCAGCAGACACACCGACUGGUCCAGCCCGAGUCAUCGUUCGAGUCAUUCUCCGAGUCGCAGCCCAUCGUAUGUUCGUUGAAUUAACCUGGAGAAUCCUUAAAGUAUUUAUUUUUCCUUUUUUUUUUUGUCUAGAACCUAAAUUCUCGUUGAGUUCACCACAGUGUCUACAGUCCAAUGUCUACCCGAUUGGGAAUAUUCGACAAUGGCUGUAAGAAAGAUUUACCUGGAUGGUGGUAUUAUGUGCAAAGAGGUAUUGUAUUAUUUCUGCGACUAUUGCAGGGAUUGUGUUAAAUUCAAUGCAUGAGUCAAGUUAUUUGACAGUCCAGAGUUAAGGUUACGACUUUUGUCGUCAGUGAAGAGUUUUGUGCAAGAACUAAUUUGUGUGAUGGAGAUAAACGAGUCCUGUCACCUUUAGGAAUUCCUUUCGGAGGCUACUUAGCGAAUCACCAUUAUUUUAUGUCAUCCUUUGUGCAAGGAUUAGGUCAAUUUAGGUCAUUCACGUUAUGCGAAGUGAGUUCUUCACGUAGCUUUUGCACAUUCCAAGUGAAACGGUUAAUGGCUUCAAGUGGAAACGGAGACCAUAGUCUUCCGUUGAGUCCUUGAUCUUUGUAAUAACGGUGUUUACUGAAUAUGCAAGCCUCGACGAACAAGAGCAAUAAUCAUUCCAAAGAGAGGCUCGUAGACAGCAGCCUUGUCAUUCUAGUCAUCAAAUAGUGAUUUGGUUGUCUCGUACCCUGGUGACUGUUUAAUUAAUUUAUUUCUUUUAUACGUAAUCACUCUUUCUUUCUAGUCCACUCUACUACUAUUGUAGUCUGAUCGUUGGGUCGCAAAUCCUUGUAAGAUUCGAUGUACCAUCUUGAGGAAAUUAUUUAUCCGAUUCACUGAUUUCUUCGAAUCUGGAUUACAAGAACUUGCGAAGCCCUGCGUCAAGUAUGAGUCAUCACUUAUAGGUGUGAUUGUUUGUUAUACAAACACAGUCUAGUCAAGUUUACACGAUUCAAUCGAUAAUUAGAUAGUGCAGGAUCUCCCCUAUUGAAUCGACCAAUUUUUCAUAUUAUUGUGAUUCGAUAUUUUAGUGCAAUGUUACCUAAACCCGUUCCGCGUGUACAUAGUUAUUUAUAUACAUUGAAAAACUAACCCUAAUUUAUUCUUCGAGGUCAUCCUAAGUGGUGGGCACUAGUUUUAUCAAGUUUUGCUCUCUGUCGACCAUUUCACUGGUAGCAGUCCCUUCGUUUCGACCGGUAAACGAAAUUCUAAGUAGUACUCGACAGUUAUUUAAGUUAAUCUAAAAUACUCCUUCGAUGAGAUACUAGUCACUGCAACUGGUUUAUGGCCCUGGUGCCAGGCAGCAUAACAAAAGACAUAAUUGACUAAAUCUUUCACAUGGAAUCUACGUUGUUUGUAACAACUAGAGGAAGUUACUAAGAAACUGUGCGUAGCAAUAGUAAAUAUUCGAAAUGUACUGUCCAAAGAGUUAUUGGCCAUCGGUGUCAGUUGGUAUUUCAACACCGAUUAACUGACACGUUCGAAUGUCGUGCAUGAGACCAAGGUGUGUGUCAAAUCAAUUUACGAAUUAAAUGUUUCUUCUGACAAGAUCACAUUACAAAUAGCUAAUACUCAAUACACUAUGAUUGAUUUAGCGUCGCAUUGUCACAUCACCUUGGCUGUUAACGGUAAAAUACUCAUAGCUCGCAUUUCCAGACGUAAAAUGUUACUGUGGUUAAAGUGGAAAUUCUAAAUAUAUCUGUAACAUAAUAUGUAUUGUUGUUGUGUGAUUAAAUCGAAAUGCUUAUCUAGGACAGUGCUUCGCUUCAAUGAGAGACGACUAAAGUAACCGCUAAAACGAUUUAUUGAAUAUAACAAUGUAGAAAUUAACUUGUAACUAAUAAUACCCCCUGGAGUACAAA